AUGUAUGAGAGGAGCCGGACAGUGGUGAGGUGUGCUGUAGGUCAGACAGAGGAGUUCAAAGUGGAGGUGGGAGUGCAUCAGGGAUCGGCUCUGAGCCCCUUCCUGUUUGCUAUAGUGAUGGACCAGUUGUCAAAGGAGGUCAGACAGGAGUCUCCUUGGACAAUGAUGUUUGCAGAUGACAUUGUGAUCUGUAGUGAGAGCAGGGAGCAGGUGGAGGAAAACCUGGAGAGGUGGAGGUUUGCGCUGGAGAGUAGAGGAAUGGAAGUCAGUCGUAGUAAGACUGAGUACAUGUGUGUAAAUGAAAGGGAGGGAAGUAGAACAGUAAGGUUACAGGGUGAAGAGGUGAAGAAGGUACAGGAAUUUAAGUACUUGGGGUCAACAGUCCAGAGUAAUGGAGAGUGUGCGAAAGAGGUAAAGAAGCGAGUGCAGGCAGGAUUCAUGGUGGAACGUUCUCAUCACACACCUGUUUCUCUGGGAGCUUCAGUGGUUUUACCCUGUUAUGAUGAUAAACCCUCUAUAUUGGAGAAUCUGACGGUGGAAUGGAGAAAGGAAGACUUAAAGAAUCUGGUUCAUGUGUAUCAGGACGGAGAGAGUCGAGCAGAAGAACAAGAUGAAGAUUAUCAGAGGAGAGCUCAUUUAUUCACUGAACACAUUAAAGAUGGAAACUUCUCCCUCUGUCUGGACGAUCUGAGAGCUGCAGAUGAAGGAGAAUACACAUGUACAGUUUACAGUGGCUCAUGGUGGAAUCCCAGACAAUCUUCAACCAAGAUAAAUGUGGUACUGAAGCUACUGGACACAGUCUUUCGUCUUCAGAUGUUUCUCGUCUUCUGUCCAAAUGUUCUGAUGUUUCUAGCGUUUGUCCUCUGGGGUGUUUCUGAAGGGUCUCUGUUUGAGUCGGUCUCUUGUUGUGCUCUUUAUUUUCUGAGGCCUUUCAUGUUGCUCUGGACGGCUCCGUAUAUUAAUGAGUUCACAGGCAACAAGAAAACAUGGGUACGAGUAUACAGUUAUCGAGCAGAAUAUAUGGUUUUCUCUGCUGUUUUUUAUUCAGUUCUGUUUAAAUCUGCCCUGGACAAGAGUCUGAAUUACGCUGGAUUUGAAGGCGUCAUGAUUAUAGUCUUCUUUGUGAUUGUGAUUCUGUUCACCCUCUUCUUUAUUAUUUACAGUAAGUAUUUCCAUCCAUUAAGAGUCAGUGAGAUGAAUGUGCUGUAA